UAAAGGCCGAAUCGAAUCAGUCUCUCGAAAACCUUGAUGACAGGCAUAUCGGAGUCAAUGACACGUGAAAGUACAAAUAGAAAAAAUUCCGAAUAUUCCAUUCACGUUUCGAUUAGAUAUUUAAUAAAAAGAAUGUAGUGCGCUCUCGAACGACUCGAUUUAAUUUAUUUAACCAGUUAACAGUGAUUGAACAGUGUGAUCGAAAGUGAAUUUUAAUAUUAAAAAGAUUAGCUGAUUUUGAGAUUAGAUAAAAAUUUAUUAUGGACGUCGCGAGAUUUUUAACGAACUUUGCAAAUAGAAGGAAACAUAGUAUUUUGAGGAAAUGGGCCAAGAUAUUUGUCGAAACUGAGGGUGGAAUAUCUUUAGCUAAUGGAAUGCCAAAUGCAGAGAUGUUUCCUUUCGAGGAAAUUGCUGUGACGUAUAAAAAUGGUACAAAAAUCAAAUUAAUAGGCGAUGAAUUAUCUUGGUCCCUGCAAUAUGGUCCUUCUCAAGGAUACUUACCACUAUUGAAACAAAUGCGAAAAUUUCAAGAAUAUUGGCACAAACCAGAAUACAAUGACUGGGACAUACUUUUCACACCUGGAUCAAUGGAUGGAUGUACUAAAGUUUUCGAAAUGACUGUAGAGGAGGAAGAUCCUGUGAUGGUUCAAGUGCCAACUUACAAUGGAAUUCUGAAUGCACUUGCACCAUUUAUGAUUGAAUUUCUGGGAAUACCACAGGAUAAGGAUGGAAUAAUUCCCGAGCAGAUAACGAAAAUUUGCGAGGAAAGAUCCCGUAGUGGGAAAAAAUUACCAAAAAUUCUAUAUGUAAAUCCAACAGGCGCAAAUCCAACCGGAACAAUUCUUUCAGAAUCUCGUAGAAGGAAGGUCUACGAAUUAGCUCAGAAAUACGACUUUUUAAUUAUCGAGGAUGAUCCUUACUGUUUCCUUCAUUUCCUUGACAAACGACCCACAACGUUCCUGGAAUUGGAUACCGUUGGACGUGUAAUACGUUUAGAUUCCUUUAGCAAAAUUCUAAGCGCUGGUAUGCGGUUAGGUGUUGUCACAGCGCAUAAAGAAUUCAUUCAAAAAUUAACUGUACACAUGGAAACGACGAGCCUUCAUGCCUCGUCCCUAUCGCAAAUGUUGUUAUAUCAAUUAUUAAACUCAUGGGGUUUGCAAAAGUUACAACAACAUUUCGAAGAUGUUCAAAAAUUCUAUCGUGAAAGACGCGAUGUUAUGUUGAGUUUGAUCGAGAAACAUCUUACAGGAUUGGCGGAGUGGAACGUUCCGAAUGGUGGAAUGUUUGUUUGGAUAAAGGUGAAUGAAAUUGAAAAUGUAUUAGAACUGGUAACCGAGAAAUGUAUUUCCAAAGGGAUAUUUGUUCUCCCUGGUCACGCAUUCAAUUAUGAUUUCUCGGAUCCGGAUCAACAUAUCAGACUUUGUUACAGUUACUCAACUCCGGAUCAAAUUGAUAAGGCGCUCUCAGUUUUAGCACAAUUAAUACGCGAAGAAAUGGCACAACAAAAAUUAAAUCGAAAUUAUUAAAUUAAAUAAGAAGUUUGUUUGAAUAAAA